AUGCCCUGGGAGGAGCACGGGGUUCCCGUGGCUGCCACGCCCGCGCCCGUCCCUGCUGCUGGGGGCCCCUGCCUAACUCGGCUCUGCUCUCCCCUUGCAGAGAAGACGGGGAAGGUGCUGGGGGAGUUUUGCCGGUGCUACAAGGAGCAGUACGGCGUAGCGCUCUUCAACAGCGUCCGCUAUGAGGUCGAAGGCAAUGGAGGGCCGCAGACCCAGCUGCUCCACCGCAAGGUCCCGCUGGAGGACCACGUCAUCUACUCGGGCAACCUCUUCCAGUACAUCGAGGAGAACAAAAAGUGGAGGAACCGCUUCUGCGUGGUCCCUCACAACUACGGCUUGGUCCUCUACGAGAACAAACUGGCCUAUGAGCGGGACCUGUCACCCCGCGUGCUGGUCAACAGCGCUGGCUACAAGAUCCUCACCUCCGUGGACCAGUACCUGGAGCUGGUGAACAGCAGCCUGCCUGGUGUGACGCCCAAAUCGGGGCACACCCCCAUCCUGAAGUGCCCCACGGAUUUCCCCCUCAUCCUCUGGCACCCCUACGCCCGGCACUAUUACUUCUGCGUGAUGACGGGCAAGGAGCAGGAGAAGUGGCGGGCGGUUUUCCAGGACUGCGUACGGCACUGCAACAACGGUGAGCGACGCUGCGGGGGCGACCCGGGGGGCUCCGGGGUGGAAGGGCAUCGAACUCUUGCAGCGGAGAGGAUCUCAGAUGCCGUCUAUAGGAUGGUCUACGAGCAGACCAAAGCCCAGUAUGAUGCAGCAAUGGCAAAGUGUGAACAGGAGCGGCCCCAGAUGGAAAGCACCAUCCGCACGGACAUGGACCAGAUCAUCACUUCGAAGGAGCACUUGGCCAGCAAGAUCCGAGCAUUCGUCCUCCCCAAAGCGGAGGUCUGUGUCCGUAACCAUGUCCAGCCCUACAUCUCCUCCAUCCUGGAGGCCCUGAUGACCCCCACAAGCCAGGGCUUUGCCGAGGUGCGGGAGGUAUUCUUCAAAGAGGUGACGGACAUGAACAUGAACAUCGUCAAUGAAGGUGGUGUGGAGAAGCUGGCGGAGUACAUGGAGAAGCUUUCCCGCCUGGCCUUCCACCCUGUGAAGAUGCAGUCAUGUUAUGAGAAGAUGGACCAGCUGAAACUGGAGGGUCUUCAGCAGCGGUUCGAUGUCUCCAGCACAUCUGUUUUCAAGCAGAGGGCCCAGAUCCACAUGAGACAGCAAAUGGACGACGCCGUGCACACGUUCGAGACGCUGCUCCAUCAGGAGCUGGGGAAGCUGCAGGGCAAAGACGACUUGUGCAAGUCCAUCCAGCGCAUCCUCGAGAGGGUGCUCAAGAAAUAUGACUACGACAGCAGCACCGUGCGGAAGAAGUUCUUCCCCUCCCUCCCUCCCGAGUUAGCCAAGUUUCAGGAGCUGAUCUUCGAGGACUUUGCCAGCUUCAUCCUGGUGGAGAACACUUACGAGGAGGUUGUGCUGCAGUCGGUGAUGAAAGACAUCAUGCAAGCUGUGAAGGAGGCGGCCGUGCAGCGGAAGCACAACCUGUACCGCGACAGCAUGGUGAUGCACAACAGCGAUCCCAACCUGCACCUCCUGGGCGAGGGCAUCCCCAUCGACUGGGGCGAGGAGUACAGCGGGCAGCCCGAGGCCGAGCCGGCCGCCGACAAGCGCCGCAGGGCCAAGCAAGUGGUGUCGGUGAUCCAGGACGACGAGGGGGUCCUGCCCUACGAGGUGGGUGCUGAGCGCCUCCCCACCGGCGUCGGGGCAGCACCGAGGGUCCCCAUGGCGAGCCCCUGGGGUGCUGCGUCCUGCACAGCACGGCGACGAGGACAGACCCAGCAGAAGUGA